AUGGUGCAGCUGCCACCCACCCCAGCCAUGGACGAGGUCACCUUUAGAAGUGACACUGUGCUGUCAGACGUCCACCUCUACACUCCGAACCACAGACACCUCAUGGUGCGGCUGAACAGCGUAGGGCAGCCCGUUUUCCUGUCCCAGUUCAAGCUUCUUUGGAGCCGAGACUCUUGGACAGACUCAGGGCCCAAGGGUGGCGAUCACAGAGAUGGUCAUACAGAGGCGCCGCCUCCUUCCAGGCCAGGCGGCACAGGGUCCCCUCCAGGACAUGGCCAAGGUAGUGAGGGUUUCUCCCUCCAGGCUGGGACUGACACCACUGGCCAGGAAGUGACAGGAGUUCAACUGGACGAGGACGGGGACCUGGACGUGGUGAGAAGACCACGAGCCACCUCUGAUGCCCACCCAGUGGGGCCCCCGAGAGACAAGGUACAUCCCGUGAUACUAACGCAGGAAGAAGACCUUGUCACGGGCAACGAAGCACGGGAGAGCAGCCCUCACAGUAUCAUCAGAAUAGAGCACACCAUGGCCACCCCCCUGGAGGAUGUUGGCAAACAGGUGUGGCGGGGCGCCCUGCUCCUGGCAGACUACAUCUUGUUCCAACGGGACCUCUUCCAAGGACGCACUGUGCUGGAGCUCGGGGCAGGCACGGGGCUCACUAGUAUCAUCGCAGCCACUGUGGCACAGACCGUGUAUUGCACAGAUGUCGGCACAGAUCUUUUGACCAUGUGCCAGCAAAACGUCACCCUCAACAGCCACCUGGCUGCCACUGAAGGUGGUGUCAUUAAGGUCAAGGAGCUGGAUUGGCUGAAGGAUGACCUCUGCACAGAUCCUGAAGUCCCCUUCAGCUGGUCAGAAGAGGAGAUUGCCGAGUUGUGUGAUCACACCACCAUGCUGCUCGCAGCUGAAGUGUUUUACGAUGACGACUUGACAGAUGCCCUGUUUAGAACACUCUCCCGCCUUGCCCACAGGCUGAAGAAUGCCUGCACCGCCAUCCUGUCGGUGGAGAAGAGGCUCAACUUCACACUGAGACACCUGGACGUCACAUGCGAAGCCUACGACCACUUUCGCUCAUGCCUGCGCGCACUGGAGCGGCUCAGGGAGGGCCGCCUGCGCUUCACGGUGGAGCCGGUGGAGGCCGCCUUCCCGCAGCUCCUGGCCUACGAGCGUAUCCCGCAGCUGGAGCUCUGGAAGAUCAUUGCAGAACCAGUAACGUGACCCAUCACCUCAACAAGACAUGGCAUCUGGACUGUUCUUAUAACACACUUCUAAUAAAAGCAAAAGCUCCCCAAAGUGA